AUGAGGCAGCCGAUAGGCUCCCGAUUGCUGAUAUGUUAUCUGGGGAUUCUAUGCUUUUUCAUGACCGAGGUGAGAUGUGGUUGGCCAGAAUGGAUGCAGAGUAACAGCGCCGUUGCGGGGCGACCAAAAAUGCUCAAGGUAGACACAUUACAUCCUGAAGUAUACACUGCAAAACCCACUGUUUUUAGGAAAACCAAAACUCCAAAAUCUUACAGUCUUACCCCUAGAGCCACAGGGUUGAUUUACAGAAGUCCCAAAUACAACGCUGAAAAUAUUCAAAGCUCUCUUAGCUACCUUCCUUCCCCAGGCCAGAUUUUUGAUGAUGACACGCCUAAGACCGUAAUUUCUCUGACGUCAAACGACAGAAACCCUGAAAGGUUUACACUUUUAGAUGUGAUAAUAGCAACAGACCUGGAGGGGAACAUACAUGCUUUAAGCCGAACGACAGGUGAGAUUUUAUGGUCCGUUGACCAUGCCAGUGCCCCACUUGUUUCGGUAUCUGAGCCCACAGAUCCCAAAAACGAAACUUUGAUAGUUGAACCAUACGGUGAUGGCAAUAUUUACUAUUACAAUGUCUUUCAGGGAUUGCAGAAAUUGCCUAUUUCGAUCAAGCAUCUUGUUAAUUUAUCCCCGCUGGAUCUGAAGACAAAAAUCGUUAUCGAUGAAGACGGCACUACAGUUGACGACGAAAAGAUAUACGCAGGUGCACGGCAAUCGACUGUUUACAACAUUAACAUAAAGACAGGCCAAAUUUUGUCUGCAUACGGACCCGGAGCCGAAAACCUUGCCAAUUAUAACGCAGAUUUCAAUUGUAGUGGUGCAGACUUCGACAAACACAACUGCGAUGACAUUUUUGUGCUCGGGAAAACAACUUAUCAGCUGGGAAUCUAUAAUAAGAAUGGUCUUGUUUACAAUGUGACAUAUGCAGCCUGGCAGCAAAAUGCAGCGGAUUCUCAUCUUGCAUCAAAGUAUAAGCAGUCCUUUGACGGCAUUUCGAUUGCACCAUUUGAUGGAAAUUCUCUGCUUGCAGUUGAUUCGGAGCUCCGGUACGCUAAAUGGAUUUCACCCCACUUCCAAAGCACGAUCAACAGCGUGUUUGACGUUUUUGUUGAUAGUGGCACUAAUGAGAGAAUCAUUUUACCGCACCCAUUAGAAUACCAGUCUCAAGAACGCGAAGAGAAUAAAGUUCUUAUUGGCUUAACAUCAGAAAACAGCUUGUUUGCCAUGUCGGAUAUUCAUUAUCCUUCGCUCGUGGAUUCCUCUGCGACUUCAAGAGGCACAGAGCUAAAAAAAGGCAAUUACUGCUCAAUAAUUGGUGACGAUACCACGAAUGAGGCAAUCCUGGGUGUACAUAAGUUACAAAGCCUUCGAUUCGAACAAGUUGUACCAGAUAGAUCCAAUUCGUAUCAGACCUCUUUGCCAGGCAGUUCGAGGCUUCUUCUAGACGGUCCCAAAAGAUCUUCGGGUGAAAAUAACGCGGUUGCUCUCGAAGAAGACUCUUCAAAGGCGCUUGAUAGGUACAUUUCCGACAGAGAACUACAAGUGCUGCGACUAGAAGCACAAGAGCGGAUCGCGAGAGAAUUGCUCUCGAACCACCAAAAAUCUUACGCGUUCAGGUUUGCGAACUUUGUCUAUCGAAUAGUAGAAGGGGGUUUGAUGCUGGUAUUUUCGUUCUUCAUCCUUGGUUUACUGUCGAAACUCAAAAUUCUAGCACCCAUAUACUCAUGGGUGGAGCGCAGUGGACUGUUCACGAGAGGAGACAUAAUCACUGGACCUAUAGAGAUAGGCAACGAUCCUGACUCAUUACCGGACUCAGUGGGCAAUAAGGUAACUACGAAGCAUGUCAAUAUCGUAGAAGCUGACGAUAAUACCGAUCAACUACAAGAUGACAGCUCUGAUCGCAAAAAGCGUAAAAGAGGCUCGAGAGGAGGUAAAAAAACGAGGAAGGAAUCAACUCCCACCUUGUCAGAACGCGAAUCCGGAGGUCAAGAUGUCGAGGCUGAAGACGCCCUUCAAAAUUUGGUGGUUUCGAAAAAAGUCUUGGGUUAUGGUUCUGCUGGAACUGUUGUUUUUCAAGGAACUUUUCAACACAGACCUGUAGCCAUUAAGCGCAUGCUUAUAGACUUCUAUGACGUUGGGACACAAGAGAUUAAGCUGUUAACAGAAAGUGAUCAUCAUCCCAACGUUGUGAGAUAUUACUGCUCAGAAACAUCAGGCCGCUUUCUUUACAUUGCCCUAGAACUAUGCACUGCAACUCUAGAAGACGUUGUCGCCGGUAAGGCAUCGAGCUCAGCUGUGUUAGAGGCACAAAGCUCACUAGACCCCAUCAACGUCUUACUUCAGAUCGCUCAAGGAGUAGCUCAUCUACACUCCAUCAAAAUUGUUCACCGUGACUUGAAGCCGCAAAACAUAUUGGUGGCUCCUACACGAAAGUACAUGCAGCACCUAAAUCAUCAACUUGCUCCAAUGAGAGUACUCAUUUCCGACUUUGGUCUGUGCAAGAGGCUGGGACCCGACCAAUCGUCAUUUCACACCCAUCAAGGAAAUGCUUCCGGCACAAGCGGAUGGAGAGCACCAGAACUCCUAGAAGUCGACCAUGAGCGCGGAGAAGCUGACGGUUUUAGGGAAAGUGACUUUAUUAUCGACAGCUCAGGAUGUUCUACCUCUGAUUUGAUGUAUCAGAAGCGAUUGACCAGAGCUAUUGACAUUUUUUCUAUGGGAUGCAUUUUUUAUUACGUGCUCUCUAAGGGCGGCCACCCAUUUGGAGACAGGUAUACUCGAGAUGGUAGUAUUCUAAAGGCACAGUUUUCCCUGGAAGGAAUUAAAAAGUCUCUCAGAGAUAGUUACGCAGUAGUCGAGGCCACCGACUUAUUAACCCAGAUGUUAGCACACAAGCCAAGCAAGAGACCGACUGCAGACCAAAUAAUAAAACAUCCGCUAUUUUGGACGUUGCCCAAAAAACUAGAGUUUUUACUCAAGGUUAGCGAUCGUUUCGAAGUAGAGCGAAGAGUUCCUCCCAGCGAACUCUUACUCAAACUUGAAGCGGUCUCAGAACGGGUUAUACCCAAUCGUGACUGGACCGUUAAGUUUGACGCUAUCUUCAUGGAAAACCUUGGCAAGUACAGGAAGUAUAGUGGCGAAAGGCUCAUGGAUCUUUUACGAGCUUUUCGGAACAAAUAUCACCAUUUCAUGGAUUUACCUCCAGAUCUCGCCGAGGUUAUGGGCCCAAUCCCAGAUGGCUUUUACCUGUUUUUCGCCCGAAGGUUUCCUCGUUUAUUGAUAGAAAUAUAUUUCGUUGUGCGGAAGCAUCUGAAGGACGACCAGAUACUGGGCAGUUACUUGUAG